AUGGCCAAAGGAGCACCAAAGUUGCAACAAUCUUCACAAUUAGUGAGUUUAUGCAAAGAGAGGAAGGAGUUUAUCAAAAAAGCUAAAAAUUUCAGGUAUGAUUUUGCCACAUCCUUUGUUGAGUAUUUAGAGUCCCUUUUGAAAAUUGGUGAUGCACUUAACCGUUAUGUUGAUCAAGAAUUAGUGAUUUGUGCUGAUUGUUCCAACAUAUCUUUAUCCGAAAUUAAUCAAUCUGAAGAGGAAGAAGAAGAAGAAAAGAAAUGCUUAUUGGAAUCUACCUCAUGUAAAUUUGAAUAUGAUGAUGGAGAUUGCUGCACUUAUGAUCAUGAUUUUGAUUCAUAUGUGACUUCCAAUGUUUCAUCUUGUAGUAGUACUCAUCAUCAUGAUCAUAAUCAUCAUGAUAGUGAAGAUCAUAGUCAAAGGUUGGAUUUUGCAAAUAAAAUAGAGACCCCAAAGUGUGGAAAUUGGUUCAAUGAUGAACCUUUGGAACAACCAAUGUGUUUUGUUUACCAUAAUGAUAGAUUUAUGCAUGAUGGUACAAAUGCAUCUACAAUGUUUGUAGAAGAUCCUCAGAAAAAUGGAACUGAACGAAACAACUCUACAUGGGAUUUCUUGGAUCCAUUUGGCAUGGAUUAUGAUUUCAAUGCAUAUGAUCAUGAUAUCAAUGAGAGUGUAGUGAGGGAGAGGGAAGGAAUUCCAGAAUUAGAAGAGGAAAGUGAAGCUUAUGAACAAAGCUCAGCGAUGUCAGUAGUGUUUGAUGAGAAGGAAACUGAAAAUGAGGCUAAGAUUGGAGAAGAUGCACAAUCUGAAGCAGAAAAAACAACAGAACAAUGUAGUGAGUGUCCUGCUACUGCUACACCAGUUUCUAAUUCCAAGAUAGAUCUUAAGGAAGCAAUGCUAGAAGUAAAUAAUGAAUUCAAAAAUCUAUUUGAUUCUGGUGAAGAAUUCAAAUCACUUAUGGAAGUUGGCAAGCUACCAUAUAAACCUAAAAGCUCCAAAUUAAGGGCCUUUGCUUCUUGUGUCCUGCGGCCGAUAUUCCCUUCAGUAAAGACGAGUUUAAUCCUUUCGUAUAUGCUAUACAAACCUUCUAGAGCAAAGGUUUUGUCCAUGAGAAACAAUGUUCAUACAUCAUUUAGUUACCUUUCAUCCACCUUGGAGGAACUUUAUGUUUGGGAAAAGAAACUCUCUGCUGCAAUCAUUGUUGUAGAAAAGCUUCGAAUUCAAUAUGAAAGGCAGUACAAGAAGCUAAAAGGUCUGGAUGGUAGAGGUUCUGAGUUUGAUAAGAUUGAUGAUACUCUUGCUUCUGUCAAGCUUUUGAAAUCAGAAAUUGAUGUAGCUAUUGCAUCAGUUGGUCUAAUAUCAAGAAACAUAGAUGGAUUAAGAGAUAAUAAGCUGCUUCCUGAAUUGAACAAAUUGAUUGAAGGGUUAAUUAGAUUGUGGAAGAUAAUGAGUGAUUGUCACCAUAAACAAUUUCAAGCUAUCUCCAUGGCUAAAAGUCAUGUACAUAUAUUAGAUUCUGGAGGGAAGAAAAAGCCAAGUGCAAAAGCUACACUAAGACUAGAAAGAAUUGCAUUAAAUUGGAGUAUGUGCUUUAGUAACCUCAUCAACACACAGAAAACCUUAGUGAAAAACUUGAAUGAUUGGCUCAGGAAGCACAUAAUCCAAGAAGAAAUAGAAAAUUCUGAAAAUGGGGUUGAUCCAAUUUUCAACCUUUGUAAUGAUUGGUGCCAUGAAAUUCACAAGAUCUCAGAAACUAUAGUCUCAGAAGCCAUUAGUACCUUUGCAUCAAACUUGCACCAGUUAUAUGAGAAGCAGAAUGAGGAACAGUUACUCAAAGUUAAAGUGCAACACUUUCUAAGGGAUUAUAAGCACAUGCUUAAGUACUACUGUGACAAGAAUGGAAUCAAGUCAAAGCAGUGUUCAUGUUUUUACAAAAUGAAAAGCUUAGAAGAUUUCAUGGAAGUUCCAUUGCUUAGAGGGUCUGAUGAGAAAUUAGCAGCUUCAAGGGUAAGAUUGGUUGAAGAGAAAAAGAGACAUCAAGAAGCUAUUAAACAUGUCAAUGACCUUGCUUCAAGUUGCUUUCAACCGGGUCUAUUUACAAUUUUUGAGGCUUUGGAGACAUUUUGUUUGGAAAAUCUGAAAAUUUAUGAGCAGCUUAAACUUCCAAACUAA